AUCCGUAAUGCAAGAUGGAGUCGAGGCAUUUCGAGGAUGUGUACUGUAAUCAAAAUUUGUCAAAUAGUACGAGUGAUGCUUAGGUUUAUAGAGUAGCAAAUGCUAAUUUUCUUUAUUUUUUAUUAAAUCUUUAUGCGGUCAUCUUAAAUCAGUUUGUUAAAGAUUGAUUUUCUCUAAAUUUGAUCAUUGAGGAAUCUAUUUAGCAAGCGAGCUAGCAGCAAUCUGUCAAGUGGUUGGAAUGUUCAUAAAUGUCCUAUAAAUUUGGAGAUCAAUAUGGCGCUAAGGGAGUUAAAAGUUUGCCUUCUUGGGGACACCGGGGUUGGCAAGUCCAGUAUUGUGUGGAGGUUUGUGGAAGACAGCUUUGACCCAAACAUUAAUCCAACUAUUGGGGCAUCCUUCAUGACCAAGACUGUGCAGUAUCAGAACGAGCUGCACAAGUUCCUGAUUUGGGACACUGCUGGACAGGAGAGGUUCCGUGCUCUGGCGCCAAUGUACUACCGAGGCUCAGCUGCGGCCAUCAUUGUCUAUGACAUCACUAAAGAGGAGUCCUUCCAGACGCUGAAGAACUGGGUGAAGGAACUCCGGCAGCACGGCCCUCCCAACAUUGUGGUGGCCAUCGCCGGAAACAAGUGUGACCUCUCUGAUGCCAGGGAGGUGUCAGAGAAGGAUGCCAAAGACUAUGCCGACUCCAUUCAUGCCAUAUUCGUGGAAACCAGUGCCAAAAACGCAAUUAACAUCAAUGAAGUGUUUAUUGAGAUUAGCCAGCGUAUCCCUGUACUGGACACGGUGGGAGGGGCUGCAGGGCAGGGCUUCAAACUGCGGCGCCAGCCCUCCGAGACCCGACGCAGCUGCUGCUGAUGCUGCCCAGGACCGGAACACUUUGACCCCCCGACCUCUGACCCCGUCUCUGCCCACAGCCCCCACGGAGCUUCCACUCCCCGUCACAGAGAACCGCGAUUCAUGCUAACGCUGCCUUAGAGUGUUCCCGCCCAUACCCGGGGACCAGCCUCUACCUACAGUCCUGUCAGUCCAUCAAACACUUCCUGGUGCCCGUCAGAGACCUGGACGGUACUGUGCUCCACACCACGGCAGGCCUGCUUCAUCACAUCCCCUUGUUUCGCUGGCGAACAGGUCAGCCCACCACAGGCCUCCAAUGGAUCCGUCAAGUCCUCGUUGUUUUCUCAGACAACACGGACAUGCUGUCUGCUCAUCUCGACCUCACACAGAGGCACAUCUGCUCCACACCCUGCCGCCUGGCUGCUCCAUGGAGCCAGCGCCACCCUCCAUCAUGGUACGGUGCUUGGCUGUAGACUCUCAUUCUGUCUCCUUGCCUGGACACAGCAGGUAAUGUUCAGAUGUUCACAUCAUGCCCUGUCAAACACAAUGGAUGGGGAAUGGUUGAUUCAGAUUGUGCCAUAUGUAGAAGUUUGCUUUAUUCCAUGCUCCAGAUUGAACUAUAAACACAAUCUCUAACAGGACCAAAACAACAUAGCAUUAUUCAUUAAGCUAAGCCCUACCAGAACUAAAUUGUGUACUAGAUAUCUUGCAGUCUUUUUCCAUGUGCUCUGUGUUCUUUGACAGAGACACAUCAUCAUGUAGGCAUGACUGAACACACGUUUUUGUAUUUUGUGUUUUAUUCAUUCAGAGCUCGUCUUUGCAAACAUUUAAUCAAAUUGAAUUAAGACAUUUAAUUAAAGUUUCACGUUCUGCACUUUUGAGGGUACGUCACAGCCAACACACAAUAAAUAUAUAGAGAGUAGCAUACCCUAAGCAGUUAGAACUACCAUGCUGCACUUCUUCAAGAAGAAGAA